CUGAGCAUUUAUCUCUCCACAUUGUCACCGUUGGGCUCUUCUUUCUCUCAUGAUCUUUUCAAAACCCUUUCUUUUCCGCCAUUGAAAUACAUUAUUGAGCUCCAACCACGGAAUCCUCCCAAAUCACGAGAGGGGGAGAGAAACCCUAAGCAAGACUCUUCCCCUCUGCUCUCCUCGCUGCCCGCAUUUUCAUGUCUUCAGCUGCCUUCCUGGUCUCUCCUCUCUCCUGCAUUUGUUUCCCGAUUCAGACCCUUCAACGGCGCCGUUUCAUCUACGAUGCCCUCCGCACUGGCUCUUCUCUGAGACUUUCCUGCUCUAGUAUCCGAAUAUGACUGAUCACAAGCUGUUAAUUUUUGGGUCGUUUACUGAAGAUGAGACUAAAUCAUUGCAAAGACACCCAAUGAAGAAUGACGUGGAGAUUACAUUUGGUUCGUUGGAUCCUGCAACCCUAAGAUCUGUGGGCAUUUUAAACUCAAAUCUAACAAAAGUUGAUUCUUCUAAAAGGGGUUUUCCAUCAAAGGAUUUUAAUAAGGAGAAUUUAAAUUCUCCCAGCAGUGCUGAAAAAGCAUCAAUAUCUGCAAGCUUCUUUCAAGAAAAUGGAAGUGCUGGUGCAAUUGAUUGCAAUUACCAUAAAACUUCCCAAGAAGUCAUACCUUGCAAUAAAUCACAUCAGUUGCAAUCUGAAUGUGCUUCUAUUACAGCAAACAACUCAAGUAUAAAUCAAAAUUCCGCUGAGAACUUGACCGAGCUAUCAACAUCUUCGGAUGAUAUAGAAUUGAGUGAGUUAUCAAAGGACUUCAAAGUCGGUAAUUGUCGAGUAACUGCUAUAGAAGCAUCAAAUGAGUCUACUAGGAUAAUUAAAUUUUUACAACCUCGAGGCUUAGUAAACUUGGGCAAUUUGUGCUUUCUAAAUGCCACCCUCCAGGCACUGCUUUCUUGUUCUCCAUUUGUUCAACUGUUGCAGGAUCUUAGAACUCGUGACAUACCAGAGACUGGAUAUCCAACAUUACAUGCAUUUGUUGAGUUUAUAUCUGACUUUGAUAUGCCACUCAAAUCAACUGUGAUGAGAAAAGAGAUGCUUGUUAUGGAGACUGGCAAGCCUUUUCGACCUCUGAUGUUUGAAUCGAUUUUGAAAAGUUUCACUCCAGAUGUCCCAAAUAGCUUGACUGGCAGGCCAAGGCAAGAAGAUGCUCAAGAAUUUCUCAGUUUUAUUAUGCACCAGAUGCAUGAAGAAUUGCUGAAGUUGGAAUAUCAGUUGCCAAAUGGUCUUGGGACGAACUCCUCUUUGGUUUCAUCGAUACAUGUGGAUGAUGAUGAAAAUUGGGAAACUGUGGGCCCUAGAAAUAAGACUGCAAUUACCCGCACACAGAGCUUUGUUCCUUCAAAACUAAGUGAAAUUUUUGGUGGUCAGUUGAAGAGCAUUGUAAAGGCAAGAGGUAUUAAGACCUCAGCUACAGUACAACCAUUUCUGCUGAUCCACCUUAACAUUUGCCCAGACCCGGUUUGUACAAUAGAAGAUGCACUUCGACUAUUUUCUGCACCAGAGACUCUUGAAGGGUAUAGAACAUCUACUGAUGGAAAGGCAGAAGUUGUCAAUGCCAGCAAGUCUGUCAAGAUUCUAGAGCUCUCUGAUGUUAUGAUCUUGCAUCUGAUGCGCUUUACUUACGGAAGUGAAGGAAGUACGAAGUUGCACAAAUCUGUACACUUCCCACUGGAGCUUAUAUUUGGACGUGAUUUGCUCGUCUCUCCCUAUUCAGAGGGUCGGAGGUAUGAACUGGUUGCGACGAUCACUCAUCAUGGAAUGGAUCCGUACAAGGGACACUACACAGCUGAUGCACGCCAUGCAAGUGGGAAAUGGCUGCGUUAUGACGAUGCUGCUGUGAUACCCAUUCCAACCAGCAAAGUGCUGCACGAGCAAGCUUACAUUCUAUUCUACAAACAGCUGUAAUUUGUAUGACAAAUGCCUACAGAUGAGCUGCGCUGCACGGUUUUGCUAAUGAUCCUUGAGGCUUGAACGAGGCUUUAAUUACGUAGAACAUUAUAUCUAUUUUUUUUGUACAUGCAUUACAUUAGAAGCGGAAGAAGCAAAUAGAUGACAGAUCUCUCAACAUAUUGCUGGCAUAGCUAGGAGUAGGACAAUCAGAAAGUAAUUAUAAUAAUGCGGUUGGGUACAAUGAACCAUAGAAGUACAUAAAUUAUCGAUAUCUAUCUGCGUGCGAAGCCGCUUGGAGAAUCUUUGCUUUUCAUAUACACCAUAGGUGGCCAGCUGUUUUGAGAUUGAAUUUCCAUCUUCCAGGUCAGAAAUUUGUCACCUUCAAAGACAAGGAAGAAGUUAAGAAAGUAGUUCAACAAAA